AUGUGUCAGAAAGGCUGCCUGAAGAUUCUCAUCAGCGCUGGUGAGACACCCAUGGCCGAGAAUCGUCGUCGAGGCGAAAGGGGAGUAAUACAACCUUCACUACAACAUUUAGGACACUGUCUUUGCGCUAUUGUUUUGUUCAAUGUGCUGAUCACACAUAAUAUAUUUUGGAUGCAAUCAACAAAUAACGGCGACACCGGUGUUGAAGUGAAGUCGAAUUCAUCGUCACCUGGAACCGUCAAUCCGAAAAAGUCCACUUUUGUUCUGCAGAAAGGCGCACAGAAGCGAUCACUUUCUGUUUUUUCUCCAAUACAAACUGUACCAAUACAAAAACGACCUAAGAUGUCAGAAAUUAGCGAUGAAAUGUUGAGUGAUGAGGACUCUGCGGAGAUGUAUCAACAAGAGUUCGGUGAAGACAAGGGACGCGACGAAACGUUCGAGAAUAUGGUAGAUGCAAGAGCAAUGAGACAAAUUUCGCGAGGUUUGCCUACUGUAAAGAAACUGACUAUCAAAAACUUUCGCAAGAAAAAUGACGAUGUUGCCGACUUGAUGGCAACGGGGUGGGUUACACUAGAGGCUAGUAUAAAUGCAAUACAAACGAAGCAACAUAUUACUACUAGUCUUGAGCAAUUGUACAAGGUUGUGGAGUCAUUGUGUGAAAACAAAAUGGCAAGAACCACUUAUGACAAGUUGCUUGAAAAUGUGCGAAAAUGGAUUCGGAGCUUCAGAGAGGAUUUAAAACAAAAAAGCAACGCAGGAGGUGUCGAGUUUAUGAAGGCAAUAGAGAAUCUUUGGAGCGAUUACUGUCAGCAAAUGAUUCUUAUAAGGAAUGUCUUCUUGUACCUUGAUAGAACGUUCAUUCUGGAGAAUAUUGAUGAAUCUCCGAUAUGGGAGUCGUCUUUGGUUAUCUUCCGGGAAGAGAUUGUGGUGCACGGCUGCGUCCUGAAAAAAUUGGUUGAUGGAAUUUUAGAAUGUAUUGCUGCUGAAAGGGCUGGAGAUCAGGUGGAUCGAUCGCUUCUCCGAGCUUUGCUGCGCAUGCUUCGAACACUGGAUCUGUACAAACAAUCGUUCGAGGAAGAGUUUUUAACUAGUACAAGUGUGCAUUAUACUCAUGAAAGUAUGUCCUUGGUACGGACUCUUGAGACCGUAGAGUUUCUGCUAUAUAUCGAAAGGCGGCUCAGAGAAGAAAACGAGAGGGUUGAUCUAUACUUGGAUGAGAGCACUAGAACACCUUUGCUUAUGAGAGCUGAAAAGUGUAUGAUCAGUGAUCAUAUGCAGGACAUUGUUGAUAAUGGUCUCGCAUCGUUGUUGAACGAUAAUCGGGUGAAAGAUGUCACGAGAUUAUAUUCGCUGCUGAGUAGAGUGGAGGGAGGAGUUGCACUGCUCAAAACUGGGUUCUCCACCUAUAUUAAGAAGGUUGGCAAAGCUAUGAUUAUGGACACGCAACGAGAUCAAACCAUGGUUGAAGAUUUGAUGGCUUUCAAGGAUAAACUGGAUGUUUUUGUGGAAACUUGUUUUGGCUCCGAGGACGAAAAAAUGAAGUUCGCUCAAGCUGAGAAGGAUGCAUUUGACUAUUUCAUUAACACCCGUGGAAAUAAGCCGGCUGAAUUGAUCGCUAAAUAUAUGGACGCAAGACUUCGAAGUGCUAAUAAAGAGGCAUCUGAUGAACAGUUAGACCAGCUUAUGAACAAAGUUAUCACUCUGUUUCGGUUUAUUCAAGGAAAAGACGUAUUUGAAGUAUUCUACAAGAAAGACCUCGCAAAGCGAUUACUUCUUGGCCGUAGCGCCUCCGUGGAUGCUGAGAAAAUUAUGCUAAGCAAACUGAGACAAGAGUGCGGUGCCGGUUUCACUCAGAAGCUGGAGGGCAUGUUCCGAGACAUGGAAUUGUCAAAAGAUUUAGGUGUUGCAUUCAGAAAUUACACUUUGCAUGAAAGUUCUUUGGGACGGCUUGAUGAGAUUGUUGAGUGUAGUGUCAGUGUUCUCACGAUGGGACAAUGGCCAGCGUACGAAAAUGUACAGGUCACUCUACCGAAGCAGCUGAAUGCUUGCCUUCAGCUGUAUGAACGAUUCUAUGACUCGAGACAUACUGGUCGCAAGCUGCAGUGGCAACCUCGACUCGGGCAAUGUGUUCUCAAGGCUAAUUUUAGAACUGGGUGCGACAAAGAAUUAAAAGUAUCGCUCUUCCAAGCCAUAGUUCUGCUCCUUUUUAAUAACCAGUCCUCGUGGACAGCAACAGACAUUAUGAUGGCCACGAAAUUAGAGCAAAAGGAGUUCGUCCGAACUAUGGUGUCGCUGUCCUGUGCGAAAGUCCGUGUGCUAGCUAAAACUCCUAUGAAUAAGGAGAUCAAAGACGAUGACGUGUUCACUGUUAACACGGACAUGAAAGAAAUGCGAUUCCGUAUCCGCAUCUCUGAAGUACAAAUGAAGGAGACGGAAGAGGAAUACAAGGCCGUGGAAGAGGAAGUCAAUCAAGAUCGGCAGUACCAAAUAGAUGCAGCGAUUGUACGCGUGAUGAAAACACGCAAAAAGCUCAACCACCAACUGCUGAUCUCAGAGUUAUUUGCACAACUUAGAUUCCCGGUUCGAGCAGCCGAUUUGAAAAAGCGAAUAGGCUCGCUCAUGGAAAGAGAUUAUUUGCGGCGUUGCGAUGAAGACCCGAAUGCUUAUCAAUAUGUCGCCUAG